AUUAUAGACAAGUCAAAAUAGAAGAUCUAAAAAUUGUCUCUUCCCUCCUCCAUGGUCCAACUAACGGAUACAACAGCUGUUAGAAAAAAAAGUUUCCAGCCGUAGACUGAACUUGCUUCUCUCCGCCCGCCGCCAUUGCCGACACUACUACAGCUCAACCAACCCCACUCCCUACACCACUACAAUACUGUCAAUUGCAAUUCUUACUUUGGUUGCUUGAUUUCGUGGGUGGGCUAACAAGUUUGUCAUCAACUUUUUGUAAAGUGGGAGUGGUGUAAUCUGAAUCUGGGUACAAGUUUUAUUAGGGUUUUUGUAGUUUUUUUGGGAUUUUUGAGGGUAGAUGGAAAGUGUUCGUGCUUCGGUGAGUGAUGGGGCUUUAAUAAACACUGGUUAUCUAACUGAUGGGUCUGGGAAAUCAGGAGGUGAAAUUCCAGAGAGCAAGGAUUUGAGUGAUGACCUUAUUCAUGAUUUGGAUUCGUAUUUGGAGGAUAUAAAUGAGCGUCUCAUUAUAUCAAGGAUGGUAAGUGACUCGAUUAUCAAAGGCAUGGUGAAUGCCAUAUCACAAGAGUCGACAGAGAUAGUUGCUGCAAAAGAAUUAGAAGUAGCUAGGUUGAAGGAAGUAUUGUGUAAUCAACGAAACCGUAACAGUGAGAUAAAGUCAACUUUUACCUCGAGAAAUCAGGGACAGGAUGUUAAGUUUCUUGGCUUCCUUAACGAGACUAUUCAAGAACAAAUGCAAACGCUUGGAAAAUGUAUUGCAAGUACAAAAGAGAUUAGCAGAAAUCUUAAAGAGAAUUCAAUGUUAGAGAGUGAUUUGGAAAAAGCAUAUAAUUCUCUUAAGACUACACUAACAGUUAUGUGUCAGCAAGUGGAUGAAUUUGCUUAUUCACCCGAGUCUUCUGCUGAGGAGUGGAAGGUAGAGUUGAAUAUCCACAAAGAAGUAGAAGCAAUGGUGUUUGGCACUGUUAUUGUAGGUUUACGCGAUGACUAUGAGGAACAACUUUGGAGUGUUAAUAAUGUUUUAGCAUUGAUUGAUAAGUUCAAUGAAAUUCCUGGCAUACGUCAUCAACUAGACUCUAUUCUGAAGUGUUUUGUGGGUCAUGAAGUGGGGAAUCUCAGUCCACAAGGGUCAAUUGAAAUGGAUCAUUUUCAUCGAAAGGUUUUACCCUCCACUCAUCUUUGGGAUGCAAAUCAUAAACAUAAAGAAUCUAAGUAUAGUAUGCCGGAUAAUUUGGAGAUUUCUCAAUUGAAGCACAUGUCUGCAGGAGAUCUGUAUCAGCACUUUAAGACUGUGAUCACUGAGAUGAAGCGGGAAAAUGAGUCUACCGUGCAGCAAAUGACCGAAGAAUAUUUUGCCUUAAAGCGUGAACUUUUGAAAGAGAGAGAAUUUGUGAAGGAGAUAGGGCCUUUUGCAGCAUUAAAAAAAGAUAAGGAAUUUGAAAUUGUAAGGAAAAAGAUUCCAGAGGUGCUUGUGAAGUUGGAUGACAUGGUUAGAGAUAAUGAGAAAUUAUCCAAGUUUUGUAAUCAUUCCAGAGACACUCUUGAUAGUCUGCUUGGUGAAAAUCGUCGACUCAAAGAAUUUCUCUAUAAACAAAAGCAAGAAGUUCAUUGCUUAUCCUUGCAGACAUCUGAUGCUAGAAAAAAACUAAUGGAACAUUCUUUGGCUGAAGAGAACUUGCAUAAAAUGGUAAAAGAUCUCAAGCUUGCAUUGCAGGAUCAACAUAUUGAAGCAUCUAUCAGUGAAGAGGUCUAUAAAUGUGUUAUAAGAGAGACAACUGCAUCGGUAAACUCUAACUUAGAAGAUCUAGAUCUGAAGUCUGUCAUCUUAGAAGCUGUAUAUGGAACCAUUUAUGAAGGAGCUUUACAUGCUGUUGACGUUGUAAGUAAAUCGGAUUUUGAAGAAAAUUUAGAUAUGCAAUCUUGUCUAACGCAACAGAUUUAUGAGAUUCUAUUCCAAGAAGUAGUAGGAAAAAUGUCAAUGGAACUCAAUGAGUUGAAGGAUGAAUGUUCGGAUUCUUUCAAAAGAAGGGUGUCGGAAAUUGAAAACGAAUUGACAAUGAAGGUUGAAGAAAACGACAAAUUGAGGCGUAACGUUUUGUUACUUGAAAAUUCAAUCAAAGAAUAUGAUAAAAAGGUCCUUGACAUUAGAGCUCUCCAUGAUAAAGAAAGGGCAGAGUUUACUGAGGAGCAUAAUAAGUUAUCAGGCAAGAUUAGAAAUCAAGAGGUGGUGAUUUCAGAGAAAAAUGGUGAACUAGUGUUGCUGAAAAACAAAAUGGAAGACUUUCAAACAAAGGUUGAGGUAUUGAAUAAGAAGCUUGAUUUGUCCGAAGAUAAAUUGAGGAAGUUCAAUGAGGAGAAGGCAUGCUUUAUUUCGAUUAUAGAGCAAAAUAAGAACUACACAGCAUCAAUUAAGGCAAAAGACAGUGAACACAUUAAGCAUAUGGAAUCCAUAUGUCAUGUCAUACAGGAUUUAUCAAAGUUUUUUGGUGAUUUUGAACAUAGAUUUAACAAAAGUAUUGAAUGGCAAUAUAUGAGAUUGGAGAAUUCAUCUUCUCUGGUACAUUCUCUUAUCCCGAAGAUUAAUGCUUUCCGAAGGACCGGCUCCUUAUACAAAAAAAGGCUGGACAGGAGGUCUUCAGACCUUCAGAAGGCAGAGGCUGAGGUGGAUCUUCUGGGAGAUAAGGUGGAGACUUUGUUGAGCCUUCUUCAGAAGAUAUAUGUGGCCCUUGAUCAUUAUUCUCCAAUAUUGCAAUAUUAUCCUGGAAUUGUCGAGAUUUUGAUGCUAGUGAAAAGAGAAUUAAGAGGAGAGACAGCUAAGGCUGUUUGACUGUCGCGUGAUUAGAUGUCUCUAGAAAUUCAGAUGUAUGUGCCACUUGAUUGGUUUUGGUUACUCUUUACUUGAUAUCCUCUGCUUUCCGAGCGUGUAAUUGAUUGUCAGCUUCAAGCGGCCUGAAAAUAUUUGUUUGAAGAGUUCGUUUUUGGUUGUGACGAUUACUUGUUGAAGUUUGAUCAGGCGAAGAGCACCAUGCCCGGUAAAAAAAACAUGUCUGAUAUCCACAUUUCUGAGUUCUAUCCGAUACAAAAAUUUGGUUCUAGCUUACGUCUGCACUUUUGACCGGAUGCUGCAAUCAAUUCUAGAUCAUCUUUGGAUGUUGAUUGAAGGGCUGAAGACGAGUGCAGUUGCUGCUGAAUUUCUUCGAGGAAAUGAAUGGUUGGUUGUUGAUUUUAUAUGACGAGAAGUAAAUUCCACUAUUGUCGUUUCUAGUAGUCGCUGCUAUGAUAGAAUUGUGCAUAUUAGGUUGGAUAUCAAUGUUUUUUGUGAAAGUUGUCAUAUUUGUCUAUGCUUUGAUGUAUUGAUAUCUAAUGAGCCCAAAUCGAGCUACAAUUGAGAACAUAUGGCCGUUUUACUAAAAUUGGGUUUAUGCCAGACACAUCUUCUACCA